CUCGCCGGGGUCUCUGCACAACGUGGCCCGGGCCUGCGACAGCGGAGGCGGUGGACGAGGAGCAGGACGAGGCCGCCGCUGCUGCUGCUGCUGCUACUACUGCUGCUGUGAAGACUGCCUUCGUGUGGCUCCGUCGUGUCCCCUCGCUCGUGUCGACAUGCAGCUGAAGCUCGUGGUGAACGAGGCGAGCCCGCCUGCCGGCGUGCUGGUGGCUGUUGAGCAAGUGAAGGACUCCUUGCUCAUUGCAGUGGUGCGAGGACAGGAAACGAGCCUCCGGGUGUCCGAGAGUGUGACGUUCAACGACCCCAACUCCAUCUGCCGGUUCAUCGCACGUCAGAGCCCUAGCCAUGGGCUGUAUGGGGCAAACCUCCUGGAACAGACAGAGGUCGACCACUGGCUGGAGUUUGGCGCCACCAUGCUCUGCGGCACCACCUCGUUCUCGGCCGCUGUGCAGCAGCUGGAUGAGAGCCUGGCACUGCGAACGUUCCUCGUCGGGCAUGCCCUCUCGCUGGCCGACAUCAGUGUGUGGGCCGCGUUGAAAGGCAACAACAUGUGGCAGGUGAUGCUGGAUCAGAAGAAGGCGUCCACGCACGUGGCACGCUGGUUUGCCUUUCUAUCUGCCAACGCAACCUUCCAGGCCGUCUCCAAGGCGUGGAACCUCAAGGGCUGCGUACCCACUGCUGCUGCUGCCACCAGCGCCUCUGCCGCCCCGGGAGGGAAGGAGAAGAAGGAGGACGUGGGCAAAUUUGUGGAGCUCCCGGGCGCUGAGAUGGGCAAGGUGGUCGUGAGGUUUCCCCCGGAGGCCAGCGGGUUCCUGCACAUUGGCCAUGCCAAGGCCGCCCUCCUCAACCAGUACUACCAGCUGAUGUUCAACGGCAAGCUCAUCAUGCGCUUCGACGACACCAACCCCGCCAAGGAGAAGGAGGACUUUGAGAAGGUGAUUCUGGAGGACGUGGCAAUGCUCAAGAUCAAGCCCGAUCUGUUCACCUACACGUCGGACCACUUUGACCUGAUCGCCACGUACGCCGAGAAGCUGAUCAAGGAGGGCAAGGCGUACGUGGAUGACACGCCGGCCGAACUCAUGAAGCAGGAGCGGGAGCAGCGCGUUGAGUCCAAGAACAGGAGCAACUCGGUGGAGAAGAAUUUGCAGCUGUGGGAGGAGAUGAAGAAGGGCUCAGAGCUGGGGCAGACGUGCUGCCUGCGCGCCAAGAUCGAUAUGAACUCCAACAACGGCUGCAUGCGCGACCCCACUCUCUACCGCUGCAAGAACGAACCACACCCACGUACCGGGAGCAAGUACAGAGUCUACCCGACGUACGACUUUGCGUGCCCCAUCGUGGACAGCGUGGAGAACGUGACGCACGCACUGCGCACCACCGAGUAUCACGAUCGCGACGACCAGUUCUACUGGGUGAUCGAGUCGCUCGGCCUGCGGCGCCCGUACGUGUGGGCGUACGCGCGCCUCAACCUCAUGAACACCGUGCUGUCCAAGCGCAAGCUCACCUGGUUCGUGGAGGAGGGACUCGUGGAGGGCUGGGAUGACCCCCGCUUCCCGACCGUGCGGGGCGUGCUCAGGAGAGGCCUCACCGUGGAGGGCCUGAAGCAGUUCAUUGCCGCCCAGGGUUCCUCCCGUUCGGUCGUGAACAUGGAAUGGGACAAAAUCUGGGCCUUUAACAAGAAGGUGAUCGACCCAAUCGCCCCGCGCUACACAGCGCUGCAGAAGGAGGGCGCUGUCACCGUUCUUGUGGCCGGGGCCCAGGAGGAGCAAAAGGAUGCACCCAAACACCCCAAGAACGUCGCGGUCGGCAUGAAGACCGUGUGGUAUGGGCCGCGCGUGCUGAUCGACGGCGCCGACGCUGAGACGCUGCGUGAGGGCGAAGUCGUCACCUUCAUCAACUGGGGGAACCUCCGCAUCGGCAAGAUCCACCGGACGGCGGCGGGCGCGGUGUCGUCGGUGGAGGCGGCGCUGAACCUGGACAACAAAGACUUCAAGAACACGACGAAGCUCACGUGGCUGGCGGAGACGGCGCGCGGCCCCGCCACGCCCGCCGUGUGUGUCCACUACGACCACAUUAUCUCCAAGGCCGUGCUGGGCAAGGACGACGACUUCAAGGACUUCAUCAACCGCAACAGCAAGAAAGAGACGGCCAUGAUUGGGGACCCGUGCCUGGCGGAGCUCAAGAAAGGCGACAUCAUCCAGGUGCAGCGACGCGGCUUCUACAUCUGCGACCAGCCCUAUGAGACCAUCAGCCCACACAGCUGCAGGGAGGCUCCCUGUGUGCUCAUCUACAUCCCUGACGGACACACCAAGGAUAUGCCAACGUCGGGCUCCAGGGAGAAGAGCAAGGCUGAUGCUGGCAAGAAAGAGAAGGCGGCCGGUUUCCCGAGUGGCACGGCCGUGGCAUCGUGCCCCCCCAACGCAGCGCCGGCGUGCGACGCGGCACGGCUCUACCAGCUGGUGUCGGAGCAGGGGGAGUUGGUGAGGACGCUCAAGGGAAAAAAGGCGGCCAAGGAGGAAGUUGAUGCGGCCGUGAAGGCCUUGCUGGCGCUGAAGUUGGAGUUUAAGACGAAGACCGGGGAGGAGUACAAACCGGGAAAAGCGCCAGCGCAGAACUGCACGUCCGAGCAGCAGUGUGGCUCGUCGGACCCUGUGGCGCUCUUCAACAGCGUGACGGCGCAGGGGGACAAAGUGAGGGAGCUGAAGGGGAAAAAGGCUCCCAAGGAUGAGAUCGACGCCGCGGUGAAACAGCUGCUCGCUGCCAAGACUGCGUACAAGUCCGCGACAGGACAAGACUACAAAGCAGAUGCUCCCCCUGCCGCGGUGGCUGCGGUGGCUUCUCCGGUGGCUGCGGUAGCUGCGGUGGCUUCUCCGGUGGCUACGGUGGCUGCGGUGGCUUCGGUGGCUGCGGUGGCGGGCGGAGAGAAGGGAGCAGCAGGUCCCUCGGACGGAGGAGCCCUUGCCAAGGAGCUGUUUGACAAGGUGGCCGAGCAGGGGGAGGCCGUGAGGUUGCUCAAAACCAGCAAGGCUGAAAAGGCGCAAGUGGAGGCAGCUGUGAAGCAGCUGUUGGCGCUGAAGGAACAGUACAAGGCGGCCACGGGGCACGAUUACAAACCCGCCGGCACCGGGGAUGCCAAGAACGGCGCCAGGAAGCAGGAGCCCAAGAAGCAGGAGCCCAAGAAACAGGAGGCCAAGAAGCAGGAGUCCAAGAAGCAGGAGGCGAAGAAGGAGGUGUUACCCAAAGGUGCGGGCGCUAGCAAGGACAGCAAGCCAAAGGAACAAGACAAAGGCUCGAGCAGCAGCGAUGGCCCCAAGAAACAAACCAGACUGGGCAUGGAAGUGAAAAAGUUGGAAAACUUCUCAGAAUGGUACUCCCAGGUGAUCACCAAGUCUGAGCUGGUCGAGUACUACGAUGUGAGCGGCUGCUACAUCCUGCGGCCCUGGGCCUACUCCAUCUGGGAGGCCAUCCAGCAGUUUUUCAACGCUGAGAUCAUGAAGCUGGGUGUAGAGAACUGCUACUUCCCCAUGCUGGUGUCCCAAGCGGCGCUGGAGAGAGAGAAAUCCCACAUUGCAGACUUCGCUCCCGAGGUUGCAUGGGUUACCAGAUCAGGCAAAACGGACCUGGCAGAACCUGUAGCAAUCCGUCCAACCAGCGAGACAGUGAUGUACCCCGCGUUUGCGAAGUGGGUGCAGUCGCACCGGGAUCUGCCCAUCAAGCUGAACCAGUGGUGCAGUGUGGUGCGUUGGGAGUUCAAGCACCCACAGCCUUUCCUGCGCACGCGCGAGUUCCUGUGGCAGGAGGGCCACACGGCAUACGCCAAUGCAAAGGACGCCAAAAUUGAGGUGCGUCAGAUCCUCGACUUGUAUGCAGACGUCUAUGAGAAGCUGCUGGCCAUUCCGGUCGUGCGGGGACAGAAAACCGAGAAGGAGAAGUUUGCUGGAGCCGAUUACACGACCACCGUGGAAGCCUUCAUCUCUGCCAGCGGCCGUGCCAUCCAGGGCGCCACGUCGCACCACCUGGGCACCAACUUCUCACGGAUGUUCGAGGUCGAGUUUGAAGACCCCGAGCGUCCCGGGGAGAAGGCCUUUGCGUUCCAGAACUCGUGGGGCCUCACGACGAGAACCAUUGGCGUGAUGACGAUGGUUCACGGGGACGACAAGGGCCUGGUGGUGCCCCCUCGCGUGGCCUGCUUGCAGGUGGUGAUCAUCUCGUGCGGCGUCACGGUAAACCUGGCCGAGGGGGAGCGGAAGACUUUGUACGAGAAGUGCGAGGAGUACCUGCGCAGGCUGCGGGACGCUGGCGUGCGCGCCCGUGCUGACACGCGCGACAACUACUCGCCGGGCUGGAAAUUCAACCACUGGGAGCUGAAGGGCGUGCCGGUGCGCGUGGAGCUGGGCCCGCGUGACGUGCGCAACUGCGAGUUUGUGGCGGUGCGGAGGGACUCGGGCGAGAAGCUGGUGCGCAAGGAGGAGCAGGCCGUGGACUUCAUCAAGGAGCUGCUCGAAAACAUCCAGAGCAGCCUCUACGCCAAGGCGAGCACGGACCUGCACACUCACAUGGUGGUGGCCGACAGCAUGGCGGAGCUGCAAAAGGCCAUCGACCAGGGCAAGGUGGCGCAGGUUCCUUUCUGCUUGGAAAUGGAUUGCGAGGACGAGAUCAAGAAGAUCACCGCCAGGGAUGCAGACGUGGAGCCGGGGGCCCCGUCAAUGGGAGCCAAGAGUUUGUGCAUCCCCUUCAACCCUCUCAAGAAGAUGGACGACGCCUCCAAACCACCGUGCGUCGGCUGCAACAAGCCGGCCAAAGCGUACACUCUGUUUGGCCGCAGCUAUUAGUUACGAUGAGGAGCCUGUAGCGCGUGCGUGCGUGUGUGUGUAUCUGCGCCGUGCAGUCUGUCCACGAGGCAUGUGACGAUGUAUCGAUUCACGACGAUUCGCACGCCUGCGAUACAUUAAAUGGCGUGCAAGAAAAGAGUCACGAGUUUAUGCAAACGAUGUUAUGCUCAUGUUACAUUUGGGAUUAUGGAGCAGAUGCAACUCUAUUAACGGAAGGUAGAAAACAAUACUUACAAGAUGGCAAAAAUGAAACGAAAAAGCAUCAACUCUUGAAUUGACUUGCAGCCCCUAAAUCGUGGCAUUGCUGGGGCAGGUGAAUCGUUGAUACGCUCUACUGGAGUCCACACAGUGCCCAUUGUUAGCGCCGUCUGAGGUUAGACCUGCCUUGGGAGAUGCCCGCAGUGCCGUUGCCGCGCGUCAGUGAGAGCGUCUCUUUCAAAGUUUGCAAUGAGAAAUACGUCCGAGUUAUUUGCACAACGCCUCGGAGUUUAUAGGAAAUCCAAACGAUGGUUGCGUCAAUUGAGCCAGAUCGGCCCUCGUACACGAGCGCCGAUCUGGCUUGGAGACGAAUGUUUUUGUUUUUCCGAAAGUCUUGGGAUUUGAAACUCCGUCAAGAUGUUGCACAACUGAUAGCCACGCUGCGUGAGGCCCGUGUGCUUAUUUCAAGGGCGUUUUUUAGACAUUGGCUCAUCUCCCAGAGCCCACUUGUGGAGGUCGGCUCGCAUCCUCCAGACUCGUUUUCUGGACACUUUUUUAUGGUGGAUCAAGCAUGUGCCAGAUAUUUUUCUAACAAAACCAUUUUAGUGGCCGAAGACCGACCUUAAUGAUUACCAUAGUAAAGAAACGCAUGUUGAUAAUUGUAAUAAACUUUAGAAAUCACUGCA